GCCAACUGCAGGCUGAGCUGCGUCCCUCACCCCGUGGCAGCAGAAGCGGGGGGAAAAGGGAGACAGUCUGUGCUGGGCAGCCCAGGGAUUUACCAGGAGGAGCACCCCUGGCCAAAAGAACACAAUGGACCGUUUCCGGAUGAUCUUCCAGUACUUCCAGUCCAACUCAGAGUCUGUAAUGAAUGGGAUCUGUGGGCUGUUAGCCCUGGCAAGCGUAAAAAUGUAUACCUGCUUUGACUUCAGCUGCCCCUGUCUGCCCCGGUACAACAUGGCAUAUGGCUUGGGGAUCAUGUUUGUACCCCCCAUUGCCCUCUUCCUCUGCGGCCUCAUCCUCAACAGACAGUCCCUGGUGAUGCUGGAGGAGUGGAGGCGACCGCAGGGGCACAGAAGGAAGGAUCUAGCUGUCAUCAGGUACAUGUGUUCCUCCAUCAUGCAGCGAGCCAUGGUUGCCCCUGUCGUCUGGAUCGUAGUCACCCUCCUGGAUGGCAAAUGCCUGAUCUGCGCUUUCAGCGGCUCCGUGGAUCCCGAGAAGUUUGUGGGCUUUGCCAACACCAGCCCGGUGCAGGUGCAGCAGCUGCUGGCCAAGGUGCCCUGCAAGGACGAUGAGCUCAUGAGGAACAACACGUCCCGCAAGGCAGUGUCCAGGUACCUGCGCUGCUGGUCCCAGGCACUCGGCUGGAGCAUUUUGUUGAUCCUUAUCGUAGCAGCUUUCCUCGCCCGCUGGCUCAGACCUUGCUUCAACCAGGCCACCCUCCUGCAGGCACGUCACUGGAGCAACUACAUUGACAUUGAGCAAAAGAUUUUUGAGGAAACCUGCUGUGAGCACAGCCGCCUCUUUGCUCACAAAUGCAUCCUCCACUUCUUUGAAAGCAUGCGGCAAGAGAUCAAGCUGCACAGCUUCAGCUUGCCUCGGGAGGGAGAGGGGGCUGAAGGAGAGGAAUAUCUUCUCCGAGGAAUCACAGAUCAGGACCAGGUGAAUAAACUUCUGAAAGUGUGGUACUAUGAGAAACCUCCCCUGGAUGUCAGCCAGGUGACCCAGAGGCAUCCCCUGGGGUGGGAGAGAUCCCCUCUGCCCUGGGCAGACAGCCCUGGUACCCGGUGCAAAUUGCCCCAGCACGCGGAGGUGUAAAGGGGGCCUUGUCCUGCAGACACCGAAGGGGCACUGCCCAUACCUUUGCACAGAGCCAGGACUGGCGGAUAGGUGACAGCAGUGCUCACAUCUUCCUCCAAAACCCCAACCCCAAAGGCUCUGCUCCAGGAGCAAAACCUCCAAAAUAAACUAGCUCUGAAGAUCCAAAGGUCCCAGACUCAGUCACUGUUAAUGACAUUUCUCAACCAAGGGCUCUGAGUAGCACUUUCGUCAUAUUAAAGAGUUUGUAGCUCCUUACAGCUGUGAUAAACCCCAUCCAGCUUGAGGAAGGAUUUAACCAAGGCAGCAACAUCUGGCUGCGUACACAAACCGACUGGAGAGGCACCUUCACAGAGGUGUGAGGAGCUCCUGCCCGUUUCAGUGAAACCUGGUUCAGGGAGUUAGCAGUGCUGACACUGAAAUGAUUUAAUUGGCAACUCUUUUAGUACCACACCAACAUGUUUACUCAAAAAGGCAAAACCACCUCCUACGUCUUCCCAUCUGCUGAGAGCUCUGGCUGCCCCCAGCCCAGCUGCCAAACUGUUCAGCCUCCCUCUAACAGCCCGUCAAUACUUCCAUGCAUUUUCAAAACAAAAUAUGGCAACACACUGAAAUUCAUGGAGCAGCAUAAAUUUAAUUGAAGAUACCUCUGGGUAAGUGUCCCUGGAUUGGGUUGGAUUUGCAGAAGGACAAGGAGAUGGAGGCUUGGCUUAACAUACCCAGAGCCAUGGGACUGUGCUGGGGUUCAGGUGGCUGCUCAAAGCACUGGCAUUGGGCCACAGAAAGGACACGCUGACUCUGCCUGACAAGUCUGAACACAGAUUUUAAACAGUCCCCUGCUAGAUUUUAGUACAAACCCAUCUAUCCAAAGGAUCAUCUUUACAUCACCUAGUUGGGUACCUCCAUCCUUAGUUUCAAAACUGUUUGAAUGUAACCUUAUCUCUG